UUCACAUUUCAAUUCAUUUUUCAAAAUCCAAAUUGCACUUGCAAAUAUUAUCGAAACAUGGCACUGGUCCGUGAACGACGCCAGUCUAAACUCGGUCUCCGGUUACUUGAAAUAACCGGAAAUCGACCUCGUUUCCCUUUACCCCUCCCUCCCAAUACCAAUCAAAUGGAUAACCGACCCGUUAUUGGUCAAACGACCACUAGCACAUCUUCUAUCACGGAAUACGAGACAAUAAAUGUUCUUGGUCAUGGUAAUGGGGGCACGGUUUACAAAGUUGUACAUAAAAAGACAAAAAACGUUUUCGCACUUAAAGUGGUUCACGCCGAAAAUGAUCCAAUGAUGCGAAGACAAAUAUUUAGAGAAAUGGAGAUUUUAAGACGAACAGAUUCGCCUUACGUCGUUAAAUGUCACGAGAUAUUCGAAAAGUCAUUUGGAGAUAUUGCGAUUUUGAUGGAAUAUAUGGAUGUUGGGACACUAGAAUCCGUUAUCAAAACCGGUGGCACGUUAACUGAAAAAAUGCUAGCUGACGUGGCACGUCAAGUUCUCAAGGGACUUGACUACCUACAUGCUCACAAAAUAAUUCAUAGGGAUAUAAAGCCAGCGAAUCUAUUGGUAAAUAAAAAUAUGGAUGUGAAAAUUGCUGACUUUGGAGUCAGCAAGAUCAUGUCCCGAACUCUGGACGCGUGUAAUUCCUAUGUAGGAACGUGCGCGUACAUGAGUCCGGAACGGUUCGACCCAGAUAGUCAUGGGUCGAACUAUAAUGGAUAUUCUGGUGAUAUCUGGAGUUUGGGGUUAACUCUAUUGGAGCUAUUCGUGGGACACUUUCCGUUCUUGCCAGCCGGGCAAAAGCCCGACUGGGCCACACUUAUGUGUGCAAUAUGUUUCGGUGAACCGCCAAGUUUGCCGGAAGGGGUUUCUGAUGAAUUUAGAAGUUUUAUUGAGUGUUGUUUGCAGAAAGAUUCAAGUAAGAGAUGGACGGCUUCGCAAUUGCUUUCACAUCCUUUCUGUAAACAACAAGAAAACUGAGAAUUGAAGUUGCCGGUUUCAGAGUUUGACCGGAACUAGUGAUGAAGUUUUUGUUUUAUGUAAAUAGAUCCACACGAUGAAAUUCAUGUAUUUGGAACUUCGUGAUAUCUGUUGUUAAGUUUUUACACCCUUUUUUAAUGUACAGUCUUUCUAAUUUCUAAUUAAAUUCAAGUUCAAAA